CUUUAAAGUUGAGCUAGGUAAAAAUUAAUAAAUCAUUUUGAUUACAUUUUCAUUCAGUGAUAUGAGAACAGAAUGCCUUCAGCUGAUGCAGUUCAGAGCGAUGCAGGAAAAUCACUAGUGCUAUGGCAACAGCCUUGGCAGACCUUGAAGUUUAGCAGCUUGGAGGCGUUCACUUUAAUGCAACAUUAUUGCAAAAUCCUGUUAGAUCAGCGUAUUUUGGGGGUGCUGCUGCUGAUGUCUAUUGUCUACAAUUUACCUGGUCCACAUGCAGAUCUAAUGGAAUUGGGCCGCAAGAUUUUCGUAUUUGUCAUUUACUGGCUGGGACUGGGCGUGCUGUCGUCGGUGGGCUUUGGUACUGGAGUGCACACCUUUCUGCUGUACUUGGGUCCACACAGCGCAGCCGUUACACUUGCUGCCUAUGAAUGUCAAACGCUGGACUUCCCUGAGCCACCGUAUCCGGAUGAAAAAAUCUGUCCCAAUGAGCCGUAUAUGCCACAGGUGCCAAGCGUUUGGUCCAUACUGGCCAAGGUGCGUGUUGAGACUUUGAUAUGGGGUGUGGGUACGGCUUUGGGGGAGCUGCCGACUUACUUUAUGGCCAAGACGACACGCUUAUCCAACAGCUGCCCAAACAAAAAUGUGCAAAGUGCAGAGUCACGGCUAAUGAAACGUGGCAAGUUGCUGCUGGAGCGCAUGGUGCUGCGCGUUGGAUUUUUCGGCAUACUCUUGUGCGCCAGCAUACCCAAUCCGUUCUUUGACUUGACCGGCGUUGCUUGCGGGCAUUUCUUGGUGCCUUUCUGGAAGUUCUUUAUAGCUACGCUGAUUGGCAAAGCGUUAAUCAAGUCCAGCUUACAACAGUUGAUUGUAGUGUUGGUCUUUAGCGAGCACUUGGUUAACUUGCUUGUGGAGCUGACGGGCCAAGUGCCUUGGAUGGGCGCCAGCUUGCAGAAAUCUAUGCAGCAGUUGUUGACCUCCUCCAGGCAGCGUAUGCAUCAUCAGCAGGAGCAGAAUUCGUUUAAUAUUUUGGCCCUGAUCGCGCUCAUGUUUGAGCUGAUUGCCUUGAUGAUUGUUUGUUACUUUAUGGUGUCUCUGGUGAACGCCUUGGCGCAGAAACAUGCCAGGCGCCUGCAGCAGCAGCAAUCACUGGAGGUGGAGACGCAGGCAGGCGAUAAAAAAUUGGUGCAGGAAACCUAGCAGUUUAUAUUUAAAACAAAACAA